AUGAAGAGGAUUAUGCUAGGUCUGAUGUUCUGCUCUCCAAUGCACUACAUGGCUUUCUCUCCACAGAAUUGUGUAGGGGAGUGUCGGGGCGGGCAAACCUGGUGGGAACAGGGGAAGAUGUUCACCGACCUGACGGACUCGUACUCCAGCACUCAGCCCAUCCAACAGGAGAUUGCCGUCAUGCUCAUGCAUCAAAACUUCGAGUGGCAGGAGGGGGAUACGGUGUUAGACGUGGGCUGCGGUACAGGCGAGAUUUCCAAGUACGUUGCACAGCAGGACGGGGUGAAGUCCGUCGAGGCUUUUGAUGUUUCGCCCGAUAUGGUACGACACGCUCGUAAAAAUAGCCCCCACGAAAAGGUAGCGUACCACAUCGCUGACGCGCGCGACGAGCUUGCCAUGAAGCUGGUUUGGGAGGAAUCGUUCACCAAGGCCGUGUGCUUCAACGUGCUCCACUGGAUCGAGGAGAAGGAGAGGGUGAUCAGAAACGUGUUCUCGACUCUCAAACAUGGGGGUGAGUUCCUCUUCAGCGUUUCUGCGGGCGUACCUGCCAUGACGGUGGCGCGAGGAAUCAUCGAGUACCCCAAAUGGAAGGACGCGUUUGCUGGCUUCUCGUAUCCAGUGUGGGAAUGGCCUAAAGGGGAUGCUAUCGGGAUGCAGAAGCUGCUGGAAGACGUCGGCUUCGAAGUCAUCACUUGUGUCAAUCAGGUGUUUACGGUCAAGUUUGAGUCAGACCAGGAAGAGAAAAUGUUUUUGCGGCCUCUACUGAGUCAUCUGGAGCAUAUACCUGCUCACCUUCACGACGAAUUUCUCAUGGAUUUCAUCUACGUGUUCUAUACGUUUGCCCCGAAGGACGAAAACCAACGUGCUAUCUGGGAAUUUCCUUUCGUUGUAGCUCACGUUAGAAAAUAG